CCAGGCCUGAAUUUGGCCUCAGAUACAUCCUAGCUGUGUGUCAAGUCAUUUAAUCCCAGUUGCCAACCCCUUUCUGCUCUUCUGUCUUAGAAUCAAUAAUUAGUAUGGAUUCUAAGACUGAAGGUAAGGCUUUUUUGAAAAAAUGAAUACAGCUUUGUGCCUGGAGUCAGAAAAACCCAAGUUAAAAUUCAGCCUCAGACACUGUGACCUUGAGCAAGUCUCUACCUCUGUUUACUUCAGUUUCCUCAAUUGUAAAAUGAGAAUUAUAAUAGCACUUACUUCACAGGAUUGUUGUGAGGGCUAAAUGUGAAAUAUUGGUAAAGCGCUUAGCACAGAGCCUGGUGCUUAAAGAACUAUAUAAAUGCUAGCUAUUGUUAGCUAUUAUGAGCUAACAGUCUCUUCAGCACCUGGUUCAGUGCCUGUAAUAUGGUAGCUGCUUAAUACAUGCUUGCUGACUGAUUGAUUGACAUCACCAAACCUCCCCUCCAAGUUGGAGAGGAGAGAGCCUAUGAGCCAGCUACCAAGAAUUCAUUUAUAUUUCCACUGUACCACAGCUGCUGAGCUCCACUAAUUUGUUUGUGAUGGCAUCCUUUAUGUCUAAAACUCGCACCCAUUUUGAACUUCUGUCGGAAUACUUUGUGAGAUACGGGUGAAGAAAGCCAAGAUGCAAGAUUCAGGAGAGCAGGCUUUGAGUCAAGUGAACAACCCUGAAGCCAGUGAUCAGAAACCUGAAACUUCAAGCCUUGCUUCAAACCUUACCAUGUCAGAUGAAAUUAUGACAUGUGCUGAUUACAUCCCUCGAUCAUCAAAUGAUUAUACCUCACAGAUGUAUUCUGCAAAACCUUAUGCACAUAUCCUCUCAGUCCCUGUAUCGGAGACUGCUUACUCUGGCCAGACUCAAUACCAGACACUUCAGCAGUCUCAACCCUAUGCUGUCUACCCUCAGGCAACCCAAACCUAUGGACUACCUCCUUUUGGUGCAUUGUGGCCAGGUAUGAAACCUGAAAGUGGUUUAAUUCAGACUCCAGCUCCAAGUCAACACAGUGUUCUUACCUGCACUACAGGGCUAACCACAGGCCAACCAAGCCCAGCACAUUACUCUUAUCCCAUUCAAGCUUCAAGUACCAAUGCCAGCCUGAUCUCCUCUUCAUCCACAAUUGCCAAUAUUCCAGCAUCAGCAGUUGCCAGCAUCUCAAACCAGGACUACCCUACAUACACCAUCCUUGGCCAGAGUCAGUACCAGGCAUGCUACCCCAGCUCCAGCUUUGGGGUCACAGGCCAGAGCAACAGUGACCCGGAGAAUCCCACUUUAGCAGCAGCCACAUACCAGACUGAGAAGCCCAGUGUCAUGGUACCUGCACCAGCAGUACAGAGACUUUCCUCUGGAGAUCCUUCUUCAAGCCCAUCUUUGUCUCGGAGUACUCCAAGUAAAGACACUGAAGAACAAUCUAGGAAAAAUACACCUGCCAAGAACCGAGGCAAGAGGAGAGCUGAUGCUGCACCUGCCCAGGACAGUGAGCUGGAACGGGUGUUUCUCUGGGACUUGGAUGAAACCAUCAUCAUCUUCCAUUCUCUCCUCACAGGAUCCUAUGCCCAAAAGUAUGGAAAGGAUCCAACAGUUGUUAUUGGCUCAGGUUUAACAAUGGAAGAAAUGAUUUUUGAAGUGGCUGACACGCAUCUCUUUUUCAAUGACUUAGAGGAAUGUGACCAAGUGCAUGUUGAAGAUGUGGCAUCUGAUGACAAUGGGCAGGACUUGAGCAACUAUAGUUUCUCCACGGAUGGUUUCAGUGGCUCAGGAGGUGGUGCAGGUCAUGGCUCUUCUGUGGGUGUACAGGGGGGAGUGGAUUGGAUGAGGAAGCUGGCCUUCCGCUAUCGAAAAGUGAGAGAAAUCUAUGACAAACACAAAAGCAACGUGGGUGGCCUUCUCAGUCCCCAGAGGAAGGAAGCACUUCAGAGACUAAGAGCAGAAAUUGAAGUCUUAACUGACUCCUGGCUGGGAACAGCACUAAAGUCUUUACUUCUCAUCCAAUCCAGAAAGAAUUGUGUGAACGUCUUGAUCACCACCACCCAGCUGGUGCCUGCCCUAGCCAAGGUCCUUCUGUAUGGCCUGGGAGAAGUUUUCCCCAUUGAGAACAUCUACAGUGCCACUAAGAUCGGUAAGGAGAGCUGCUUCGAGAGAAUUGUGUCUCGCUUUGGCAAGAAAGUUACGUAUGUAGUGAUCGGAGAUGGACGGGAUGAGGAAAUUGCAGCAAAACAGCACAACAUGCCAUUCUGGCGAAUCACAAACCAUGGAGACCUUGUGUCACUUCACCAAGCCUUGGAACUGGAUUUCCUAUAAGGAUGGGAGCUGAGGUGCCAGCCCCAUGAGCCCUUCUCCCUCCCCAUGGGGGCUAGAGACGGGGGAAAGAUGGGAACUCUCCUCUCCUCGGGACAAGAUGCAAGCCCAGCCAGAGCCCAGAGCAGGAAGGGACAGUUUGUUUUCUCCAGGAGGGGGAUCCAUCCCAGGGCACACCUUGGUACAGAGGCAGGAGUCAGAUGGAGAGAACAGCCAUCUCACCCUAGCUGCAGUGAUUUAAUUCUUCUAUUUUUGUUUUCUUUUCAAAAAGAAAAAAAAAAUCCCUGAGGCAGAGUUGUGCUCAAAUGUAGUGUGUGAUGGGAAAACACAGCGCUAUGAACUUGUGGUAAAUAGGUUAGAAGCAGAAGACUCCUGUAACAUCUCUGUCCUUCGUAGUCUACUUAGCUCUGAAUUUACUCCCAGUGAAUGGACACAUUCUUUUCUUGGGUCAGGAUCUGGUCUCUGAAGCAGAUUUUCUUUGUCCCCUCUUUAUUAAGCCAAAAGGGGGAGAGGGGAAGAGAAGGGUAGAUUUUCUGGGGAAGUAUUCAUGAGUUCUCUGAUCUCCUUUCCCCCUGCCAGUACAGUAGCUUUUCCUGAGGUCUCUCCUAUGCUCCACCCUUGGGAUUGGUGCCCCCUCGCCAACUGCUCUAAACCAUCUCUCACUUGGGCCCACCCUCUCCUGUUGAGGUCACCAUUGGAUUUACCCAGUGUGUGAGAUGCCCCUUAAGGAGAUGUGUUGGGAGCACCCACACCUCUGCACUAAAAAGUGUCCCCACAAGUGACCUUCUGUCAUUGUGAUGCCCGUUCAAAAAAAUUGUUCUGUCCCUUGUGCUGCCUCCCUUGCCAAACCCAGGUGAAUUCUGUAAGCUUGAAUUCCUAUCCUGCCCAACUACAGUGUUUGCCAGACACUCAUAUCUCCCAUGCAUCUCAGCUGCUGGGACAGGCCAGAGAAACCAAAGAGAAGGCUCUGUACCUCUUUGCACAUUUCCCAUCUCUAAGGUGCCCUGAUGCCUGCUCCUUUCCCUCUCUCCCAGGCCCCUAAGACUCUCCCUUGGAGCUGUAUAGACUGGAGUUGCCUCCCUAGGCCAAGCCACCAACUUCCUCUCAGGCUCUGCCCCCACCUCUAGGGGCAGCCCUGUUUGUAUGACCCCCAGUGGGACCACCGCUUCCCCUAGCAGCCAUGGAGACAACCCAGGCUCUUUUUCCUUGGGCAGAUGAAGCCAGGCCCUGGGGGCUAUGUUGGGACCUUGAAUCUGAGGUGAGGAAUUGGUGUCUCUCUCCACUGCCAGCCCUGAUUCCUGUCUGGCCAAGCUACCCAUGUGCUAGCAUUUUCUGUCCUUAGCUGAGCUCACGGAAUCCCAGGCAUGGCUGGUGCAGGAGCUGCAGCCAAUUGGGCUGUCAGUGGGACUUGAUUUUCUAUUGGCUCCCAGUUUGAAAUGGCAUCUUUGGGGCUCCUUCUGUCAGUCUGGACUCUGGGAAAUAUUAAACGUUAGAGGACCAUCUCUCAUGGGCUCGCUGGCAACAUCCCAGAUCUGCCUCCUGAACUUCUUGGGCCUCAGCUGCACUCCUCCUUGGCCUGCCUGGAGAGGAGACAUCCCUGGGAGCUUCAGGAGGGUUAUACCCUGCCAACCCAGAGGAAGGGGCUGGGCCACUGAGCCUCAUAGCAGGAGCGAGGAGCAACACAAGAUACUGGACCCAGGACCCUAAUGCCCUAAGAAGCUGCUCCUUCCUUCUCCCUUUAAACUGGUUGAAGGAUCUCCUUUCAGAUGCACCUUCUUGAUCUGCAGAGCAAUAUUAGGAAGAUGAGCUUCUUUUCUCCUUGGCUCUGAACUUCUCUUACACCUGCCCCAGAGGAUGCUGUACCAUGGACUGGGCAAGAAUUGCUGAGGGAUUCCCCCCUCCUGCCCCUCAGUCCCUUGCUCCUAUCACCACUCCUGUGACCUUGGGAACCUAAAACCUUGGCGGGGGGUUUCUCCUAAGAUGGGCGUUGAGCCCAUUCCCAACCAACAACUAUAUGCAGGUUUUUCUCAUCUGAACUUGGACUUUGCUAAGGGACGAAGCUGUCCCAAGUAAAAUAUCCUUGAGGGCAGUCAGGCCAGGCUACUCUGAUGCUCUUGACCCCAAACCCAAAAAGGGGAGGCCAGAAGGUAUCAGCCUUCUCUUUAGCAGUUUGCAGUGUUCCCCCUACACAGCUCACGCUUCCUAUUUCUAAGAGGGAUCGUUGGAAAGAAAAGAGGGCUUGUGUUGGAUUGGGCGGAGUAGGGAUGGAGCUGAGGAAUGCUGGGAAUCCUUUAGUUUCCCCCAAAAUGCCUGAAAACCAUUUGUAUUUGAGACAAUCCCCCAAGGAAUGGCCAAGUAUUGAUACUUCCACCUGAUAUUGGUUCCUGUAAGAUGGGUCCAAAAACUCACCCUGGUAGUCCCCAGCUGUCAGGAGAGCCCCAGGGUCAUAGAGUAGCUUAACUUGCGAAUGUAAAACUGACUGUGCCUUAGCAUCACCAUGUCCAGAGCACUAGUGGGGCAGUCCAUGUGUCAAUGAAGUGGCCACCAGGCUCACCCAUAAGCCCACUGAGGGCUCAUCUACAACGUAUUUUCAUUGGGUUUGUUCCUUUCCUGCAUUCUCUGCUGAGGGUAGGUGUGGAGGCCCUGAGCAUUGCUGGCAUCCUCGCUGUCGGUACUGUUCAUGCCAAAGCCUAAUUCAGGGAAAGCUCAGGUUGCGUUUGAGUGGCAAGACUGGUAGCUCAAGAGCUUUUCCCAGCCCCAUCUACCACCAGCCUGAGCACCUGCUCCCAAUGUCUGGGGAGAGCUGCAGGCCGCAGCACCCUCCCAGAGCUGUGAUGGGCAGAGGGCCGGAGCCGGCCUCAGGAGGGGCAGUCUCGCCCCACCAAACUUCCACGCCCCUGAAACAGGUUUCAUUUCUCACCAUUCCUUGUUUUCGCUAUUCAUUCAGAAACUGAAGCAUUUCAUUCAAACUGUAGAAACCAGAUUUGAAUCCCAGGAGAUCUCAAGCCACAGGACAGAAAUUGUCCUGUCCCCACCCCAGGGUGAUCUCAGAAGCAAUGAUCCAGUCCUCCCUUUCUGCUGCCCCCCACCCCAAGAAGACUGGAAAGCAAAACUCCUUGGCUAGUCCUUAAUGCACUGACAGGAACCCUCUUCACAAGGACCGAUUCUGCUCAAAACUGGAUUUUUCUGUCUGGACUUUAGAUGCCUCAAAACAGGAAUAAACAGUGGAUUUGGAAUAUUUAUGUGACCGAGGGCAUUCGUGGCUGUAGAUUCCUUGACCAUGUUAUAUGUAAUGGGAACUUAUAAACUUGAAAAAAUAAAGUUUUUAUUUUCUAUA